CAGCAUCCUUUCCCAGCUCAUGCACAUUAAAGAAAAUUCUGGGAUCUAACACCCUUGGGGCCUCCAGACCAAGCCCAGCUGCCUAUCCAGAAAGAAAGAGCCAUCAGAGUGAAUGAAAUUAACCCAAGGAGCCUCUGAGUUCCUAAGGACGAGGAAGGAGAAGCCAAGACUCAAACAGACAUUCAUACUGCUGCAAGCAAAUGCACAUAGGAAUGUGGCUGGGGUUUGGUGUUCCAUCCUCAAUGGCUAGAAUCCCAACUUCUGUAGUACUAGCCAUUUGCCUGACUUGCCUCUUCUCAAGCGUCUGCAGUCAGACCCCGAGGAACAUCAAGGAGAGCACGAUUCCAUUUAAGGUUCUACACCAGGAGCAGGUUUACAGUCUUAUCCAAUCGAGCUUGUUCCAGGAUGUCAGAGCCUCCUCCAACGAGUCGAAUGACACCCCUGGAAACGCCCAGUCACAGCUACCCCUGCCCACUAUGUGUAUAAAGCCUGCUGAAAUCAGACACAUCUUCAAGUACAUCAAUACCAUCGUGUCCUGCACCAUCUUCAUGGUGGGCAUCAUCGGCAACUCCACCCUGCUGAGGAUCAUUUACAAGAACAAAUGCAUGAGGAAUGGGCCCAAUGUCCUCAUUGCUAGCUUGGCUCUUGGGGACCUUCUCUACAUCCUCAUAGCUCUUCCCAUCAAUGUGUACAAGCUAUUGGCAGAAGACUGGCCAUUCGGCGUCCAGGUGUGCAAGCUGGUUCCAUUCAUUCAGAAGGCAUCUGUGGGCAUCACCGUCCUCAGCCUCUGUGCACUCAGCAUAGACAGGUACAGAGCGGUGGCCUCCUGGAGCCGGAUCCAGGGCAUAGGGAUCCCCAUGUGGAAGGCAGUCGAGGUGAUGCUGAUCUGGGCUGUGGCUAUCGUCCUGGCCGUCCCUGAAGCCAUUGCCUUCGACAUGGUGGAGCUGAACUAUCGCGAGCAGAUGCUCUGGGUCUGCAUGCUGUCCGCUGAACAGAACUCCAGAUUUACCCUGUUCUACAGGGAUGUGAAGGAUUGGUGGCUUUUUGGCUUCUAUUUCUGCCUGCCUCUGGCAUGCACCGGUGUCUUCUAUACCCUCAUGUCCUGCGAGAUGCUGAGCAAGAGGAACGGCAUGAGAAUUGCCUUCAAUGACCACAUGAAGCGGCGCCGGGAGGUUGCCAAGACAGUGUUCUGCCUGGUGGUGAUCUUCGCACUCUGCUGGCUGCCUCUCCACCUGAGUAGGAUCCUGAAGAAGACCAUCUAUGACCAGACCGACCCCAACAGAUGUGAAUUGCUGAGUUUCCUCCUGGUGAUGGACUACUUUGGUAUCAACAUGGCCUCCCUGAAUUCCUGCAUCAAUCCCAUAGCUCUCUACUUCGUCAGCCGGAAAUUCAAGAACUGCUUUCAGUCCUGUCUGUGCUGCUGGUGCCAGAGACCAGCCUUGAGCAGCGCACCAACGGAUGAUAAGGGAUCUGUUGGGAAGUGGAAAGCCAACGGGCAGGAAUUGGGGCUGGACCGAAGCAGCUCCCACCUGAGUAAUAAGUACAGCUCUUCCUAAAGAACCAUAAAUCAAUUGGAGAGCUCGCCGCAAGAGCUGAAAGGAGCCAUCCAUCCCACUCACAGUCAUUUCCUGGCUGGCUCUGAGUCACUUGCUUUCCUUUCACAGAUCCAUUGGAAAAAGCAGCAGCACUUCACUUACCAUUGAACUAGCCACUGCCUUGGAACCUCACUUCUCAUCUGUUCCUUUAUAAUCAUCUUUUUUGUUUUCCUCAAAGGACCUUUUGGGUUUUAAAUCCUGCUGGAGAAGCUGAGUGACCCAUGGCGCUAUCUGUCUCCAGACGGCAAGACCAUUAGAUGGGGAGGGAUGGUGCUGUGGGUGAUGUCACGUUUAAACUGACAAGGGACAUCACUGGCGGAGGUCAAUUCUGAUCCUCCAAGUUGAUACAUUAAGAAGCUAAGGUGAAACCAAAGCAGCUGCAUCACAGGCCUAUAGCCUUCCCCUCUUUGCUGCUGGGACACAAUCACUGGGGGUGAAAUUCACCCUGGACAGCCAGCCAGCAGAAGUCCGAGGCACCACUUAAGCCCUGUUUAAGCUCAGAGGGUUUCUAGGAAUUGCGCUGCCCUCUGCCCAUGGGUGAAUUUCACCCUGCAUGUCUAUAGUGUAACAACACAGUGAUGUAUAUAGAAUAGAGCUGCUUAGGUGAUGUUAUAUUCUUAGUAGAAAUGGGGUUAAGAAAAUGUUCCUUUUUUGAAAUUGUAGUAUACAAAGAAAUGGGCUGUUGUAGCUUCUCCCCUCUCCUUUCCAGCAGCUCCUUCACAGUGAGAGCUGUGUCUGGUCACGCUGGUGUUUGUAAAGGCAAGCACAGGAAUGGCAGCCUUGGCUAGAGUCAACGUGGGCAAAAACCAGGCACUGUUGGCUGUCAUCCACCACUCAACUCUGCCAACUUGUCCUUAAUUGCUAUCUGCAGCAUGUUGCUCCAGUCCUGGUCCUUCUGAACAGGAAAGAUCAGCUCUGCUGGGGUUGUGCUAUGAACAGAUGCCAGCAAGCUCACUGCACAUGUCACCUAAGUUAGGAGAUGAACUAGAAGUGAAAGGGAACCCUUGAUCACCAUUGGGUCUGAGCAAUGCUGGCUGCGUACCUAGCUACAGGAACACUGUACUGCAUAAAUUCAUAGAGUCUAAGGCCAGAGAGGCCUGCUAGAUCAUUUCUCUGAUCUUCUAUAUAUCACAGUCCAGAAAAUGUCAUCCAGUUCCUCUUGGCUUGAGCCCAUUGGCUUGUGCUUGGCUUAAGCCUGUCUACCAGAAAGACCCGUCUUGAUUUGAAGGCUUCCAGAGAUAGCAAAGCCACCACGUCCCUUGGUAGUCCAUUUGUGUGAUUCAUCAAACUCAGGGACACAGUUCAGAGACCUCUAAGGAAACCCCAAGUGCUGCAAGAAGUGGUGCUGGAGACUCCUUAGGACGUACUGGUCCCUCUCUUGCAAUACUGAAACAAUGCUCCAGCAUGGUGCUGCUGGCACUGCCGUUUGGCAGACUAGCCAUAAACCCACAAUUCUGCCCACUCAUGGUGGUCUAUAGGCCCAUCGCUCUCCGUGCUAGCAUCACAGCUGGGAGCCCUCAUGCACUGGGGCCAGAUUCCAGCAUAGGGCUUACGAGAGCUGCUCGGAAUAUGGUGAAAAGCCUUCACGGACAUAGUCGAACAUUCAGAUGGGCUUUCACCCCACAGCUUCCACAAAGGAACAAUCUUGCAUUUAUUCCAAUGAUGUCAUGAACAUUUUUAUGGGGAAUUUUCAUGGAGGAGGGGGUCAGGUUUUCUCCUCCUUUCUUUCCUUUUCUUUAUUUGCCUCUUUGCCCCCUUUUCCAUUCUGCCACUAAAAAAAGGGGUGGGGAGAGUAGGGAAAAAGGAAAAAAAUGGAAAUAAAAAUCCUAGUUUUGUUUCACUUUUGGUAUUUUGCUUUACACACAGAGACACACACACUGACAUGCUUUGCAAACAUUUCCAUUUUGAAAAAAUCCCAAUUCGCAAUGAGAAAAAAUUGUUUGAAAAUUGAGCCACUCUAGUAAUUACAGUCUGCCCAGCUAAAUGCCCACAACACUUGAUUGGGCUGUUCUUGCCUUCACCUCCUAAGAGUUACACAGUGCUGCUGUUACUGUGUUCUCUCCCCCCACCACCACAGAGGUGGCUGCAGUUUCAUUGGUGGCUGAAGUGCUCCAGGCUGGAGGGCACUUUCUCAACAGCAAGUAUUUUUAAAUCAUUGUGAUUUCUGUCAGGGUUCUGGUAUUUCCAUGUGCUUACAGAUGACCUGAGCGUGUGUGUAUAUAAACCUCAAUCUCUGUGUUCCUGUUCAGCAUGUGAUCUGACAUCAGCACCCCCAUACCCCCCUGCAUUAACCCCAAACAUGGUCAACAUCCCCACACUCUGGAAUCAGAGCACUUAGUGGCAGAGAGACUGAGAGGAUCUUAAAACCAGAGACAGCUGACUAAUUAAAUUGAUCUCUCCACCCCAUUGGUUAGUGAGUCAAUAGGCUAAGUGAGUCAAUAGGCUAAGUCGCCCUAAACUUUGGCAUAUGGAGCAGCCUAGAAUUUCUAACAGGCCAGAAAAAGGGGCAGUUGGGGUUGGAGAGGGCAGCCGCUGCUUGUCGGGGGAGAGAUCCAUUGGAGGAGGGAGUCCUGGAGAUUUGCUCCUGUGGGAGAGGAAAAGCUGCAAGCCAGUUUGACAAGUCUGGUGGUCAUUUUCAGGUGACUUUGAGGCAAGGCAGGUGACAUUGCAGGACAAACUGCUGUCAACCCAAAUGGUAAAAUCAACACACCAAACAAGCUGAAACCAACCCAGAAAGAACAGUAGACCCUCCCCAGCAUGUCAAUUCCCAUUGGGCUAGCACUCCCCAGGCAGCUUGGCUAGCUUCUGUCCUGAUACCCUCUGCUCUUCAGGGCUUUCUAGUCAUUGCUCUUCAUGUCCUUGACCUUACACAGGCUCCUUUGCUGGUUUUCAGGCAGUUCAUUUCACCAUGAUCCUGCCAUGCCUGGAUCUGAGGGCUGUGCUCAAGAGCUAGAGCUGGCAGCGGCUGUCUCCCUGGCGGACAGGUCAGGGGAGCAGGUGGCAGGAGCAGAGAGGAUGCCUCAUUUAGGAAUGGCAGCAUUUCAAAAUGCAGAAGGAGAGGCAAAAGGGCCAUUAACUCACUUAACAAGACAGUAACGGGCUAUUUCUCUUGGUUCAAGAGAGACUUUGGACCAUGGCAGAGGCCCAGAUCCUCAGAGAUAUUUAGGCAUCUAAUUACCAUUGAUUUGAAUGAUAGUUAAGUGCUUAAAUAUCUCUCAGGAUCUGGGCCAAAGUGCUUUGUGCUUCAAGGGACAGGCAUGGGAAGAGGGUCCCCCCUAGUGCUUGGAGCACCGCUUGCUGGAUGAGCUGCAGAGCGACAGAUUGUGCAGGUCCCCAGCACUCAGCUGAACACUGUGCCACAGUAGCACAAGCAGGGGUUUGCAGACGAGAAAAAAGGAAGCUCAUUGGUUUAUAGCUGUAAUUUUGCCCCUUGUUAGUAUCUUCCCUGUGCAAAAAUGUUGUCAGUACCAACCCCAAAGAGCUAGCCCUUAUCACACCACCACAUAAAGAAAGCACCCAGGGUUCCUCACUAACCCAGACCAUGGAAAGGGGCCUCAGGCAAGUCCUCCUAAUAUUCAGUAGGCUGGCAAAGAAUUUGGGCCUGUGACUCAUUUUAUUCCUCCUUUGGGGACCCCCUUGCUGCCUUGUGCUAUACUGACAUAUUGGGCAGUGGGAGGAAGGGGGCAGAUGCACCACUCCCAUUAAUUUCAAUGGGAAAUGUACCUCUAAAUCCCCAAGGGCUGCUUUGAAGCUCUCAGCCAUAAGCAUUGAGUGGUGGCGGAAAAUACACAACAUCCUAUACUUUCAACAGCCACAAGCUGCUCAUUGGCACUGGAAGGAGAGCUCAGGGCACUUUGCGGAGCUCGAACCAGACAGACAUCAAUUACAGGCACCCUGGGGGAAUGCAGAUCACUGUAUUGAACAGCCAGACAUAGAAGAGCUACAAACCCCUUGCCUCUUCAUCCUAAAGGAGCAGGUUUAUUCAUUUCCACAUUAACCAUUGCAUGCAAAUCAAUGUUUAGUUUUAUAAAUGUUUCAAAUCUUUCAAAACAGCCUCAGAUCCACAUUAUAAAUAUUGCAACAAAUAGGCUGCUGCGAAUUUAUUCCAGCUCUAGAUUCUGGUGGCUCCAGCCAUGUUCUUGUUUAAUGAGGGCCUCAGUAUCCUUCAGCAUAGCUGGUCCCUUGAGGCUCACUGGGGCACCCUCUGUAAUUCUCUUGUCAAAAGCAACAGAUCUCAAAGUUUAUUUGGCACAACAGGAAACUGUAUAUGCUUUUUUGAACCCUUUUGUAUGAUGGAUGCAUUUAAAUGUAAUGUCCCCAGCCUUAAAAUAUCAUCGUUGGACUAAGACCAGCCCCAGAAAAUUCUUGCCUGAAAGGAAAAAAAUCUCUGAAAGUUAUGGGCACCUGAAAACAGGGAGUUACAAUGGAAGCUAUUCUUCGGCCUUAAGUUUAGCUUUCACUACCAGCAAAAAAUGUUAAUACAAUGACAUAGCCACCCAUGGAACAAGAUCAUAUCUACAUGAUGCAUCCAGCUUUGAGAGGCAGAUAGAAUAAUUAAGCAUGUAUGUAGCCAUUCCUCUCUUCUCAUUGUGGGAAGAAAAAGAGGACAAGGAGGGCUUCAGAGCCAAAUUUAGGGCUCAUGCAGCAGUUGUUAUGUCCUGACACCCUGAGAUAUCAGAGAAAGUCACCCGUCAGCUACCAGAAGCCAGAUGGGUUUCAGAUCAUGUAAACUACAAGGAGGUUUAUUCUCUGUCAGUUGUCCUCAGCUGAGCAAUCAUGGGAUAAGCCUGUGUGUGUGAAUCAGCUCCUGUUUGCGGACCCGUCCCUCCCGUCCCCGCAGGGUAAUUGCCUUCCUGCUAACUAGGAUGCUUAUUUUUAACAAUCCCCUUUCAUUCGGGUUAGGAAAUCUGGUGAUCACGAGUGCAAGAAACUGAUGGCACCAUCUAGAGGCAGGCUGGCCCUGUGCAAACACCACCCCCCUCUACACAUGGCUCUGUCAAAGACUCACCAGGAUGAGCCCCACAAACUCAAUCCAGCUGUGGCUCAACUCCCCCUUUGAAAUCAGGCCUCUACUAGAGAAAGGCUUUGCAGCCUGCCAAUGGAAAGUGCUAUAGAAAAGCAGCCCUUGCACCCUCCCAAGCCAAGUGCUUGACAGCUCCUUGUAUCACAGUGAAACAGACAAGAUGGGCCAGCUGUGGUGGAGAGAGGAGAGAAUCUUAUCAUGAAACCCAGGGUUAGUGGGUUUCUUGACCUAAUGUCUGUGAAAGCAAACACACUGUUAACCUGUCACAGGGCUCCAGUCCAUCAAUUUGUCUUGGAAAGAGCAAUAUAUAGCAAAUCAUGACAUGU